CUGGGGUGGGUGGGUGUCCCUUGGACUGUAUGGGGGCCGGAGUUUGGGGGUGUCGGGACCAUACCUGCACCGGACAGAGAGUGCGGGGAACCAGCAUGUUGGCGCGGAGCUGGUGGGGUGGACUUUGGGGGAAUAUGGACCGGGUCCCGGAGCCUGGAGUGCCCCGGGGCCACGCCCACUGUUUCCCCGCCCCUUGCAUUUCGUUUUAGACCUCUCCCAGUCCUCCGGGACUAAGUCUGGUUUAUACUGGGUCGUGCUAGGGGCAGCGUGACGGGCCGGGGUGGAGAGAGGAUGCUUAACUCCUUAGGCUCUAAUUCCUCCCCCCGACCCCUCUCUCCCCGCCUCAUUCGGGCAUCCGGGACUUCUCUCCCCAGCUUUCUCUCCCUGCCCUAUAGCCCCUGUGGGUCCGGGCCGGACUUAAGGUCCUUACACCAGCGAGCAGCUGAGGGUUAAGGGGGCGGGGCCUCUGCAUUUUUGGGGAGUGAGCGCAUCCUAGCGGUUGCCAAGAGGGGCGCUGGUCAGGGAUCUCACCAAGCCCCCGAGCCCGGGCAACAGGUGUUCUGGAGAUUAGGGAUCCAAGCCUUGUUCCUCGGACUCCUCUUAAAGAAGCAGACCCGCGAGGGUGCGGGGUAGAGUGAGGUCGACAGGAGAGGAAGGUCGGGAGGGGGUGGGGCGGAGUGGGAGGGGCGCCCAGAGACGGUGGGAGGAAGACCUGGGCGCUCUUAACCUCCUCGCACACCCUUCUCUGCAUGUCUUUCUCUGCCUCCCCACUUUUAUGUUCCUUCUCCCAGACAGGUGAAGUAAAAAGAGAGAAAACUAAGAAAUCAGCGCGGCCGGAGGGGGCGUCUGUGUGGAUGGGAUGGGGACGCCGGGGGAGGGGCUGGGCCGCUGCUCCCAUGCCCUGAUCCGGGGAGUCCCAGAGAGCCUGGCGUCGGGGCAAGGUGCGGGGGCUGGCCUUCCGGCUCUGGACUUGGCCAAAGCUCAAAGAGAGCACGGGGUGCUGGGGGGUAAACUGAGGCAGCGACUGGGGCUGCAGUUGCUAGAACUGCCUCCUGAGGAGUCCCUGCCGCUGGGACCACUGCUUGGUGACACGGCUGUGAUCCAAGGGGACACCGCCCUAAUCACGCGGCCCUGGAGCCCGGCUCGCAGACCAGAGGUUGAUGGAGUCCGCAAGGCCCUCCAGGACCUGGGGCUCCGAAUUGUGGAGAUAGGAGACGAGAACGCGACGCUGGAUGGCACUGACGUUCUCUUCACCGGCCGGGAGUUUUUCGUAGGCCUCUCCAAGUGGACCAAUCACCGAGGAGCGGAAAUCGUGGCGGACACGUUCCGGGACUUUGCCGUCUCUACUGUGCCAGUCUCGGGCCCCUCCCAUCUACGCGGCCUCUGCGGCAUGGGGGGACCCCGCACUGUCGUGGCGGGCAGCAGCGAGGCUGCCCAAAAGGCAGUCAGGGCAAUGGCAGUGCUGACAGAUCACCCAUAUGCCUCCCUGACCCUCCCAGAUGAUGCAGCUGCUGACUGUCUCUUUCUUCGUCCUGGGUUGCCUGGUGUGCCCCCUUUCCUCCUGCACCGUGGAGGUGGGGACCUGCCCAACAGCCAGGAGGCACUGCAGAAGCUCACUGACGUCACCCUGGUACCUGUGUCCUGCUCGGAACUGGAGAAGGCUGGUGCUGGGCUCAGCUCCCUCUGCUUGGUGCUCAGCACACGCCCCCACAGCUGAGGGCCUGUCCUUGGGGUAGGGCAGCAUAGGAAGUAGAAGAGGAAGGAGGAUUAGAUAGAGGAUGUUGAGUAGGCAGUAGUGGAGAGAGGGCCUCAAGAUGGGGGGAGGGCAGAGUGUGGGGAAAAGGUUAGGGGCCACUGGGUGAGUCUUCUCUCUCAGAACCAAUAAAAUGGAAUUGAACUUUUA